GCGGCGCCUGCGCCGAGCGGUCGGAGCUGUCUCGAGCGACGGGGAUGCUGCGCGCCGGGCUGGGGAGAAGGAGCGGAUGUUGUGGGGGGCUCUGGAGGAGCUCGGGCGGCCGCAGCGCCAGAGCCCGGAGCGCUGCCUCUGCCUCCCCUUCCCCGGGCAGCGGCAGCGGGGCGCGGACCGGAGCCGCUCCCCCGGCAGGUCCUAGUAAUGUAAAGCCUUUGGAUGGUGUGAAAAUUCUUGAUUUAACAAGGGUUCUUGCAGGACCAUUUGCCACAAUGAAUUUGGGAGAUCUAGGGGCAGAAGUUAUCAAAGUGGAAAGACCAGGAGCUGGUGAUGACACAAGAGCCUGGGGUCCACCUUUUGCAGGGACAGAAAGUGUUUAUUUUCUUAGUGUCAAUAGAAAUAAAAAGAGUAUAGCCAUCAACAUGAAGGAUUCAAAAGGAAUAAAACUAAUCAAAGAGCUUGCAGCAGCAUCUGAUGUUUUUGUGGAAAACUUUGUCCCUGGCAAGCUGGCUGAAAUGGGUCUAGGUUACGAAGACAUUAAAAAGAUUGCUCCUCACAUAGUGUACUGUUCAAUAACAGGUUAUGGUCAAACUGGUCCGCUGGUUCAGAGAGGUGGAUAUGACUCCAUUGCUGCUGCUGUUUCUGGUCUUAUGCAUAUCACAGGGCAUGAGGAUGGUGAGCCGGUUAGAUCAGGAGUAGCAAUGACAGACCUUGCUACUGGGUUGUAUACAUAUGGAGCAAUUAUGGCUGGUUUACUCCAGAGGUACAAGACGGGAAGAGGACUACACAUUGACUGCAAUCUCUUGUCAACACAGGUUGCAUGCCUCACUCAUGUAGCAGCUAAUUACCUUAAUUGCAAAAUCGAAGCAAAACGCUGGGGUACUGCUCAUGGGAGUAUUGUUCCAUAUCAGGCGUUUAAGACCAAGGAUGGCUACAUCGUGGUGGGAGCUGGAAAUGAUCAUCAGUUUGUCACUUUGUGCAAGAUCUUGAAUUUGCCUGAAGUUAAUAAAGAUUCCAGAUACAAAACUAAUACACUCAGAGUCCAGAACAGAAAAGAACUUAUUGACAUAUUAUCAACCCGAUUUUCAGAAAAAGCAACGAUUGAGUGGUUGCAGCUCUUUGAAGGGAGUGGAGUUCCAUAUGGCCCAAUCAACAACAUGCAGCAAGUGUUCUCAGACCCACAGGUGCUGGAAGGCAGCAUUUACAUCAUCCAGAAGCUGCCUUCUCUUCUCCAGGCUGAACAAACCAAAUUCUCUCAGCCUUUCUUCAUAGGAGAGGUGCUUCUAUCCUCUAAUCAUCUUGGUGAUCCUCCUCUGGACUUGCUCCAACAGCUAAGGAUUUCACUCAAGUCAUAUACCUUCUGUCUUCAGCUGCACUUUUGCAGUCCUGCUCUUUAUGGUGUAUCUAAAUGAGAACACUGAUUUUGUAUACCAGUUAAUUUAAAAUUCUGUUGGUUGAAGCUUCAGAACACACAUUUUACAGCCUAUUGUUGGAGUUCUGCACUUUAUUUUAAAGGGAUAUGCUUCCAAGUGAAGUAGUUAAGCUUAGAUAUCAAAGCCCUUGAUGGAGGCUGUGACAAAAAGUCAUGCUUGAUAAACUUGUUUGUGAAAAACUAACAACAGUGAAAUACAGUAAAAGUUAGUUUCUUACUAAUCGAUUUCUUGUCAGUUGUAAGGGAUGAUUAGCAUCAACCAAGAAAGUAGGACUUUUGAAAUGGAAUUGUCAGCUCUUUGACUAAUGAAGAGCCACAUUUCUCACAUUCCAGUGGGAAGGAAUUUCUUGUUAUUUCUUUUUCAUUUUCAAGUGAAGAAGAAAAUGUUAGUGCCAGCUGGAUGAAAAGGUGUCUUAGUGUUAAGUUUGCUUAGAAACAUAAUGGACAACACCUGCAUUUAAGGAUUAGAAUCCUGUUUUUAUCUAAGAACCGCGAUGAAAUUCAAGAGGUUUUGAAAUUUUUUGAGUCCUUCAAUAUUAGUAGUUGAACUGCAGCGAUUAAAUGUUUUUAAGGGGCUUUAUCCUUUUAAUCUAGUGCAUUUUUUCCUCUGUUUUUAUUAUUUUU